AUGCUUCUACCAGGCCUCAGUUACAUCUAUCGCAUAGAAAUUCCUGACUACUUACAUACUGAAAGCGCGCGGUGGCUCCGAUCGUCGAAUGGGAUUGUGUACGAAGGACUAGUACUUCGAAUUCACAAAAUCGCAGGCUCCACUCUCUCGGCUCGUCGAGCGUUCCUCAAGCUACCAUACUUUCCUUCCGACGGUCAGUAUACCGUCGAACAACGACCUCUGUUUGCCCUGGAACCCAAUGGAUCAGGCGGUAUGAAUAUCAAUCACGAAAUAUCGGACCCCACCUUCUCUCCCACGCCUGGGUGGUGCUGCAACACGGACAGUAGCGGCGCGCCUACAGCGCGCCGGACACACUCUUUACUGCGGCAUGCGCGUACCAGACAUACUGGGCGUGACGACCGCACGGACGACUUAUAUAUUAUUAGACACACUCUUUUGUAUAUAAGGGAGCUCGACUGUGGCCUUAAGCCCCAGUCUCGAACUACGACGACUGAUUGCACAGUGGACGGCGACACUCCAGAUCCCCACUUGGUCGCAUGCCCGAACGCGAGGCACGACCUUGCACUGUGGUCUGGAGGUGGUAGUUGGUCGCUAACACUAAUAGGGGCGGUCUUCAAUCACUUCCUGCUAGCUGCGCGCUCAAACCGACUUCCCUACAUGCAUUUAGACGCUGCGAAGCCGCGUACAACUGAAGACAGAUUGCGGUGGGGCUGA